CCGGCAAGCCAAUCUCACUCGAUCCCAAGCUCCGAGCUCCCCAACACACAACAAAGCACGCACGCACAGGCCUCUGUCUCCACUCUGCACGGAGCUAGCUGCCCUAGCUACCAGGCUACACCACAAGCUAGAUCGAGAGAGUGAGGCCGGCCGGCCAGCCGGCGCGGCGGACAAGAAAUAAAAAUGCCCAGGACGAAGGUGCACCCGAACGCCGCCGACCCAGAGCAGCACGCGGCGGCUGUCACGGUCGACGUCACGCCCGACCCGCCGCCGCCGCCGCCCACGGUGCUGACGGUGUGGCGCAGGUCGCUGCUCUUCAACUGCGACGGCUUCACCGUCUUCGACGCCAACGGCGACCUCGCCUUCCGCGUCGACUCGUACGACGCCUCCGGCCGCCGCCGCGCCGAGGUCGUGCUCAUGGAUGCCACGGGCACCCCGCUCCUGACCGUCCGCCGCAAGCGGAGGCUCGGCGUGCUGGUGGACCACUGGGUCAUCUACGACGGCGACGCCGCGGAUGCCGAGGCGGCGGAGCCCAGCGCCACCAGCAGCAAGCCGCUCCUCUCCGUGCGCCGCCGCCACAGGAGGGCGUCGUCGUCGUCGUCUUCCAGGGCGAAGGCGCUGGCCUACGUGACGCCCUUGCAAGUCUCCUCGUCAUCGUACGUGGUGGAGGGCUCGUACGGGCGGCGGGCCUGCGUCGUGCGGGAGCCGGACCACGCGCGCGGGGACGCCGUGGUGGCCGAGGUCCGCCGGAAGGAUGCCGUCUUGGGGGACGACGUGUUCCGGCUGGUGGUGGAACCACGCCUCGGCGCGACGCUGGCCAUGGGCCUCGUCAUCGCCCUCGACGAGAUGUUCGCCGGAGGCCGGUCGUCGUCGUCCCUGCUCCGCAGCAGGACAUGGUCGGUGUAGCAUAGCAGGCAGCUGCUACGUUAAUGUCGCUGCCAUGGCCCAUGGGGGUGGGAUGGGACCCAGCAUGCAUACAUGCAUAUGCAUGUAGAAACAACACAACAUCCCUGCGCGGUGGAGAUGGUCCAAUCUCCAACAAGUUGUGCUCAACGACGAUGGAUGCCGUUUUCAGUUGAGCUUCCUUCAGUUUGUUCAAUCAACUCAAUUUUAAAUUCACAAUUGACAGUAGUAGUUAUAAGGAACAAACACUACGGACUCCAACAGUUGGAACUUGGAAGCUGAUCUAUACGCAAAGCACAGUCUAGCUAGCAUACUGGAAGAGUGGAAAGGCGCCCUCUAGUUCUACACUUCUAGUAUAUUUCAUCAUGUGCCUGGAAUUUUUUUUUCUGUUGGUGUUCAGGUGAUUUGUAAUUCUACUAUUGUUUGGCUGUAGAAAAAAGUUGUGAAU